AUGCGCCGUCGCCCCCGACACGAAUGCGCCGUCGCUCCCGUCACGAAUGCGCCGUCGCCCCCGACACGAAUGCGCCGUCGCUCCCGACACGAAUGCGCCGUCGCCCCCGACACGAAUGCGCCGUCGCCCCCAACACGAAUGCGCCGUCGCCCCCGACACGAAUGCGCCGUCGCCCCCAACACGAAUGCUCCGUCGCCCCCGACACGAAUGCGCCGUCGCCCCCGACACGAAUGCGCCGUCGCCCCCGACACGAAUGCGCCGUCGCCCCCAACACGAAUGCGCCGUCGCUCUCAACACGAACGCGCCGUCGCUCCCAACACGAAUGCGCCGUCACUCCCGACACAAAUGCGCCGUCGCUCCCUACACGAAUGCGCCGUCGCCCCCAACACGAAUGCGCCGUCGCUCUCAACACGAACGCGCCGUCGCUCCCGACACGAACGCGCCGUCGCUCCCAACACGAAUGCUGCCGCAGCUGGUGCCAGCAAGAUAGCUGCCGCAGCUGGUGCCAGCAAGAUAGCUGCCGCAGCUGGUGCCAGCAAGAUAGCUGCCGCAGCUGGUGCCAGCAAGAUAGCUGCCGCAGCUGGUGCCAGCAAGAUAGCUGCCGCAGCUGGUGCCAGCAAGAUAGCUGCCGCAGCUGGUGCCAGCAAGAUAGCUGCCGCAGCUGGUGCCAGCAAGAUAGCUGCCGCAGCUGGUGCCAGCAAGAUAGCUGCCGCAGCUGGUGCCAGCAAGAUAGCUGCCGCAGCUGCCGCAGCAAGAUAG